UGAGUCACAAGGCAGCCGUAGGGGAGAAACAGAAGAUGGCCGCCAGAUAGGGGGGGGAAAAAUCCAAAACACCACACCCAGUGUCGGAAGUUAAACACUGGGCGAGUGCUCCCUAGAAUGACGUCCGACUCCCCAGAAGAAGCGGGGACCGGCGGUGUACCGCCAAAAGGACUCCCCUGAAUCGGAACUGUCCGAAAAGGUUCCGUGCGAGCAGCUGUGGGGAACCACGUGAGGCCGGGGCGCGUUUCCGGUGCGGGCAGUCGCAGCCGGCCGUAAAGCCUUGUCAUCUGAAGGGGACCAUGGCCAACAGUGAGCGCACCUUCAUCGCCAUCAAGCCUGAUGGGGUCCAGCGGGGGCUGGUGGGGGAGAUCAUCAAGCGGUUCGAGCAGAAGGGGUUCCGCCUUGUUGGUCUGAAGUUUCUGCAGGCUUCAGAGGACCUUCUCAAGGAGCACUACACAGACCUGAAGGACCGCCCCUUCUUUACUGGCCUGGUGAAAUACAUGCACUCAGGACCAGUGGUUGCUAUGGUCUGGGAGGGACUGAAUGUGGUGAAGACAGGCCGCGUGAUGCUUGGAGAGACCAACCCCGCAGACUCUAAGCCUGGGACCAUACGAGGAGACUUUUGCAUCCAAGUUGGCAGGAACAUCAUUCACGGCAGCGAUUCUGUGAAGAGCGCAGAGAAGGAGAUCAGCUUGUGGUUUCAGCCUGAAGAGCUGGUGGAGUAUAAGAGCUGUGCACAGAACUGGAUCUAUGAGUGACAGGACGGUCCUGGUUUUCUACCUGCUUUCUCUUGUUCUCACAGGCAGGGGACCAGCAACCCUAGAUAUUUCUGGAACUUCUUUGACCUGGAAGGAACCUCUGGGAGCUGUGACUCCCUGUGCGGUGUUACGUGCCACUGUUAGAUUAAAGUGUUUAAUCUGUACUUUGUAUUGCUGUACAGCUCUCCAUUCCUUACCUCCUUCAGGCUUCUGGAUAACCUGAGUGGACAGAAUGUAAAUGUUUUACAAAUUACUUAUAUUGGCCUCAUGUGCACACAGAGAUUCUUUUCAUUUGUGGUUUGAGCCACCACCCUGAAACACAAGGGCAUUUCUUUGUCUGUCAUCUCCCUUCCUAUCACCUGUGUUCUGUUCUCUCCUGGCACAGUCAGACAAGAAUUUGUGUGGAGGAUGUGUGAGGUUGUUAAAACUGUUCUGGGAACAGAGAAUUCAUUAGAAAUAAAGAUGUCAAGCCAA